UUUCUGAAUGGCAGUUUCAAUUUUGUCUUUACCAGUGUAAGAGGACAUUUGAUGAAUUUUUAUUUUCACCCAAGGCAUAAAGUUUGGAUCGAAAAUCAAAUUUAUGAUUUGUUUGAUGGUGAAAUUCUGCAAUCUGUUAUGCCGGAUAUGAAGCCAGUUGAAGAAAAUUUGAGGGAUGAAGCUAAAAAAGCAAAUGUUCUUAUAAUUUGGACUGAUUGUGAUAGAGAAGGUGAACAUAUUGGAAAUGAAAUUUCUCAGACCUGUCUUAACGCCAACAAAAAUCUACGCGUUUUAAGGGCAAGAUUUUCUGAAAUAACUCAACAGUCAGUUACAAGAGCAAUGCAGAAUCUCCAAGUAAUUGAUCGAAAUAAAGUAUCUGCUGUUGAUUGUAGAAUGGAAUUGGAUUUGAGAAUAGGUGCGGCAUUUACUCGACUUCAAACAAUUUCUAUUCGAAAAAAUGGAUUGCAUACAUAUUUAAACAAUGGUGAAGAAUUUGAAAACAAACAAGUCGUUAGUUAUGGAAGUUGUCAAUUCCCUACUUUAGGUUUUGUUGUUCAUCGAUAUAAAGAACACACAAGUUUUGUUAGUCAACAAUUUUGGAAAUUGAUUGGUACUGAUGGAAAUAAUAAAGGAUUUAUUUUUGUUUGGGAAAGAGAAGGUCUUUCUAUCCACAUUUUUGAUGAAAGUGUUGUACAGGCAUUAAAAUCAGCAUGUAAUUCUUCAGACAAACCUGCAAUAGUUAAAGAAAUUGUCCAGAAGCCAAAAAGCAAAUGGAGGCCGCAACCAUUAGACACAAUCCAGCUAGAGAGGCUAGGAAGUAGAUUUCUUAGAGUAAGUGCCAAACAAAUAUUGUCUUCAGCUGAAAGAUUAUACCAAAAUGGAUUCGUUUCCUACCCCAGAACAGAAACUAAUUGUUAUUCAAAUGAAUUUGACUUGGCAACUAUUGUGCAGUCACUUACUCAAAACAACCAGUGGGGACAAUUCGCAGCAGAAAUUCAACAGCGAGGUGGGCCCAAACCUCGUAAUGGGACUAAAAAUGAUCAAGCUCACCCACCUAUUCAUCCUGUCAAAAAUGCAACACGGACAGAAAUCACCAGUAAUGAGGAUUGGAAUGUUUAUGAAUUUAUUUGUCGUCAUUUCCUUGCCUCCGUAUCUCGAGAUGCAACUGGAAAUGAAACGAAAGUUAAAGUUGAACUUGCUGAUGAAAUAUUCGUAACAACUGGCCUAAUUAUCGAGGACAUGGGAUACUUGAAUGUUUAUCGUUAUGAAAAUUGGAAAGAUAAAAAUAUUCCUGCUUAUCGCCAAGGACAAAUUUUGCCUAAAUUUAGUCCACCACCGUUAUUAACUGAAGCUGAUUUAAUUGCUUUAAUGGACAAAAAAGGAAUUGGAACUGAUGCAACACAUGCAGAACAUAUUGAAACAAUAAAAAAGCGAUGGUAUAUUAUUCAAAGGCCAGAUCGGCGAUUUGAACCAACCAAACUUGGAAUUUCUUUGGUUGAUGCAUAUGAAAAAAUGGAGCACAUGUAUAAAUUGAGCAGGCCUGAUCUUAGAGCAAUUUUAGAAGCAGAUUUGGAAAAAAUAUGUCGAGGUAUUUUUCUUAUAUAUCCCUAA